GCCGUGUCCAUAAAGGAACGUUUCAUUUUGAAUUGUGAUAUUUAACAUCACACGGGAGAUUAGACUGAUUUAUUUAAUAGUAUGACAUCAUUUACAGCACUUGACCUCUGCUUGGACUCCUGUGACUCACACCAGUUCCAGUGAAGGGUGAGUAGAAGCUGUGGGCUGACAUUUUCUCUGAACGGUAACUGCCCAGUGCUUCAGGCAGAGACCAUGUUGCUUUGCACAGUUUAAUGUGUGGAAGAAAUGGCUUCAAAUGACGUAUUGAGAACUUGUCAACAAGUUCACUUCAAGGUGCCAUGUCAAAGGACACGUUUCCAUUCACCUCCACCUCACUGCGCUCCCUGAGACUGGAGCAGGAGCUUCAGGACUGGGAGGAUGCUCGGCGAGCGUUGGCUCAUAGGAGAGCCAUGACCAGGGACCCGCUGCCCCGGGCCCCCAGGCCUCCUCCUAGGCAGCAGCGGCUCCAGCAGGUCCGGGCCCCUCCGUCCCAGGUCCGUUGCAGAGACACGGCCGUCCACAACACCUUCAUGUGUGGGGACAUGAAAGGAGUGUACGCCGUGCUGAAGGACUCCGCGAUGGUCAACGCCCUGAUGGAGACGGUGCAGGAGGAGAUGCUGUGGGCUCCAGAGAUGGGCAUGUGGACGCUGAGCUCCAAGGUGAAGCAGACUUCCGCGCUACGCCUGGCUGCCGGCAGUGGACACGCGGGGUGUGUGGAGGAGCUGCUGUUUCGUGGGGCCGAGGUGAACGAUGACCCCGGAGGAAACACGGCCCUCCACGACGCCUGCGUGGGCGGCCACGCCGUCUGUGUGCAGCUGCUGCUCUCUCACGGAGCCGACCCGGAAGGGACGGCUGCAGACGGCAGCGCUCCUCUUCACCUCUGCACCUCCGUCCAGUCAUUCCAGUGUGCGGAGCUGCUGAUCGCCGCAGGUGCGGAUGUCAGCGUGAGGAAGCGGGAGUCGAGGCUCACGCCGCUGCAUGUGGCGGCGCGGCGAGGCCUGGAGGAGCACGUGGAGCUCCUCCUCGGUCACGGAGCAGACGUGUCGGCCACGAAUCAAGAGGGCGAGACCCCUCUGAACGCCGCGUGCUCCGCGGCGGAGAGGCCCUCCGAGGCCGGCCGCUACCUGCGCGUAAUUGAAAAGCUGCUGGGGGCAGGAGCUGACCCCAGGACUGCAGGCAGGAAGCAGCACACCCCUCUGCACAACGCCUGCGCCAACUGCUGCCCCCGGAUUGUGGACGUCCUGCUGCGGCGCGGAGCCAAGGCAGACGUCGCCAACUGUGCGGGAUACACGCCAAUGGACUGUCUGAUGCAGGUGGUUGAAGAUUACCCCGGCCAGCAGCCGGAGGAUAUAGCACGCUCACUUCUGAACCACGGAGCGAAGCCGGUUUCACCAAAGAUGUUGAAGCAGUGUGUCCUCUCUCCUGCCACCCUGGAGGUGAUGCUGAACUCGUACACAUGCCUCCCCCCCUGUGAGUGGGUGGACUCUCUGUCCACGGAGACAUACGAGGAGCUCCGGCCUUUCUUGGACUUGGUGCGUCAGCGGAGCGCCCAGCCGCGCUCUCUGCAGCAUCUCUGUCGAUGUGCGGUACGCAUGCGCCUCGGAGGGCGAUGUUUCCCAGCGGUCAGUGAACUGGACAUUCCCAGCUCCUUGAGGGAUUACCUCCUCCUGAGUACCGACGGGACUCUCCGGUGACGUCACAUUGAGGAGCAACUUGAACUCUUUGAAGAGAUUCUGUUUGGAGGACAGCGAUGGCAGUGUGUGCACUGACCAUGCUGGACGGGAUGGAGCAG